ACUUAUUGUAAAAGGAAAAAUUUAAUAUUACAUCACGGAUAUGUGCAAUGUUUCUGUUGAUAUCAUACAUAUUUUUCCGAAAUUCUCAGCUAAAAAAGUCAAACAGUCUGUUUCGUAAAAUAUGAACAUACUAUGCACAUGGCAACAAUAUAUGAUGGUAUAAUCAAAGAUGCCAGUUCUUGAGGACCAACGCUUCCUUUGAAGUGUUUAAGUUCAAGAGGCCUGCUAAGGCACAAUGAAAGCCAUUGUAUCAAUUACAUUGAUCGUGCUACUUCAUGGGAUAAGUUCAAUAUCUAUCAGUGCUAGUAGAAUAUGUGCCAGCAGAAAGAAAAGUAUUGAAAAUUUUCCCUUAAAACAAAAUACACCCAAUGUACCUGAAAAUUUAUCCCAUAACAAUAAUGUAGCUCAUAUUACAAAAGAUGAUAAUAUUAAAUUUGAAAUAUGUACUAAUUUCUGUCAUGCAUUAUGGCAAGAAGACAAGACUGCAAAUGGAACUGAAAUUAUCAUUUUAUCUCAAGGUUGUUGGAAACAGUCUGGUGAACAAAAAUGUGAAACAUCAGAAUGCAUUGCCCUUCCACGUUCUACAAAAGCAUUGAAUAACACAAAAUUUUGUUGUUGCAAUGGAGAUCAUUGUAAUCUUAAUAUUAAUAGUACUAACAUUCUAUACUCUGAGAACAACGUACAUAGCUCCACACCUGCAGAAAAUAAUCAGCCAACAACUGAAUAUUUGGAGCAGUCUGAUUCUGGAAGAUGGAUACUUAUCAUAACAAGUGUACUAUUGUGCAUGUUACUGCUAGUAUGUAUUGUAGCUUUGGUGGUAUACCGUGUGUACCACACUAAUAUGUUAGCAAGAUUAGGAAAACCACUUCCCUAUACGGAUCAGUUCAUGGAUAGUACGGCACUAAGAAGUGGUACUUAUACUGUAGAUCAUUUGAAACUUACAGCAGUUGUAGGACAAGGUCGUUACGGAUCGGUAUGGCAAGGUAGUGUGGGAGAUCAAGAUGUUGCUGUAAAAAUAUUUCCUUCUCAUUAUCGUAAUUAUUUCCAAAAUGAACGAGAUACUUAUUGUCUUCCCUUUAUGGAACACCCAUCUCUCCUAAGUUAUUAUGGUGUAGAUGAAAGGGUUAACAUGGAAGGCAGUGUUGAAUAUCUUUUGGUACUUAGUUUUGCACCAGGUGGUACACUGACAGAUUUUUUAAGAACACAUACAAUUGAUUGGAUUACAUUUUGCAAAAUGGGUCUUUCUAUGGUCAAAGGACUUGCUUACUUACAUACUGAUGUACAUAAAGGCGAUAAAUUCAAACCGUGCAUCGCGCACAGAGAUAUCAACUCUAGAAAUAUAUUAAUCAAAGCUGAUGGUACGUGCUGUAUAUGCGAUUUAGGAUUGGCAGUUCAAAUUUCUGGUUCUAAAUAUUAUUCGAACGGAGAAGAACAACACGCUGAGAUAAAAUCAAUCAACGAUGUCGGUACCUUGAGAUAUAUGGCGCCUGAAAUAUUGGAAGGUGCCGUGAAUUUACGAGAUUGCGAAAGCUCUUUAAAACAGAUAGACGUUUAUGCAAUGGGUUUAGUAAUAUGGGAAUUAGUUUCAAGAUGCACAGAUAUUUAUGUAUUAGGAUCAGAAGUACCACCUUAUAGACAACCAUAUGAAAAAGAAAUUGGUCUUCAUCCAACAUUCGAACAAAUGCAAGGUUUAGUUUCUCGUAAUAAAGCAAGACCUUUGCUAGAGGGUAAUUUAGUAGAUAGACCGGGAGUACGUUUGAUUAGAGAAACAAUGGAAGAUUGUUGGGAUGCAGAUGCAGAAGCCCGGUUAACUGCUUUAUGUAUAGAAGAGCGCCUCUCAGAGUUGCAAUCUCAUCGUGUGACAAUGCACUUCACCGAUGGAAGUCCAAUGGUCAAUUCCCAUUGCACUUUAGUGCCUUCAACUACAAACAGCCUUUAUAGCGAGUCUUCGCAUCACGACAAUGUUCACGUCACUCAACUUGUAUCGCAUACGGUACAAGACAGUUCAAGUAAUGAAGGUGGUAUUGUGGAAAACUUGGUAACUUUGUCACCGUCUGAAAGCAUCGUUCAUGAACAUAGUUUUAAAAAUUCAAAUGAAGUAGCGAUAUAUAAUCAUACUCAAGCGCUUCAACCUUAUCAAGGACGGAAUCCUUGUAUGGAAAGAAAUUUAAUGUUACAAUCGGACUCGUGUGAAGAUUUAGGAUGUAACGGUAAUGUACUGGUUGAUAAAUCUAUGAAACACGCGUGUAACGAUCAAUACAGAAUCGUAUCGGAAGCACAAGGACUUGUUUCCCAUGAUUAUUUGAGUCAACAUACAACACAGUUGACACAAUUAAGACCAGCAACACCUAUACCAUACGUUCAAAAUGUAAUUUCGGACGAUGGUACAUCGUCGUAUGGUAAACGAAAACAGACGAACGUGCAUGAGAUUUGUUCGCAAGAGAGUCCUAGGAAAAAGAUUUUUGGAUGGUCAAAUUUUAAAAAGUUGCUUGUUAACAAAAAAAUGUAUCCAUACAAUAAAUAUCAAAUAGAUCGCGAGGAUUCUAAAUCUAAUUUAUUAUCAAAACAGAACGUGCAGAUCAAAACUGUUGAAACAAACGUAACGAUAUCUCCGGGAGGAAAAUAUGUGAACGGUAUUAUUACUAAAACACCUAUUUUUACCUCUACACUAGAUAAGAAUGAUAAGAAUGCUAUACAAAUUAGUAAGCAGAAGUUUGAUAAUGAUAACAAUACUAACGUUCGACCAUCCACCUUGCCCCUUGUAAAUUUAAGAAAUAAAAAGAGUGAGAAUAUCAGUAGACAAGAAAGUAUCGACAAAUUCAACGAAGUUUUUAACGUGGGAUCUAACGUGAAUCUAUUAAAAGAUCCGCAUAUGAGAAUAAAAACGCCAGGUGAUUUACCACCCUCCGUAAGAAAAAUUCGUGGUCGUGGACAUUCAACCGCUAGAUUUUCUCUUUACGACGACCGAAUGAUGUGCAAUAUUUUAAGCGAGGAAGAUGAUCGAAGCGACAAAGCUGUCUGGAAUUCAGUACCGUUUGGUAUGGAUCUCGGUGAUAAUGAUGACAAACAUUCGCCGACUAAAUUUAAUACCAAAAAUGUUACUUGCUUUUAA